UUGCUAUGGCCCGCUCGAGCCUCUGGAGCAGCCUCAAGUCCGUCCUGAGGAAGAAGGAGGACCCUUUGUUCCUGAACGACUCCAGCGCCUUCGAUUUCUCUGACGAGGCCGGAGAUGAGGAAUACCCCAGGUUCAACAAGCUGCGGGUCGUGGUUUCCGACGACACGCCCGACACGUUGGACGCUCCGGCCAACGGGGCUCGCUUGGGGCCCCACUCGGACGACUCCUUGCUGGAGAGGGACUGUCCCCCUCAGAGAGACCCUUGUAACAAUUGCGACAAACAGAGGGAACUGUUGAAGCAGAGGACUGUGAAGAGGCGACUGAUCCUUGCGGCGGUCCUCUAUCUCCUCUUUAUGACGGGGGAGCUGGUCGGUGGAUACAUUGCCAACAGCCUAGCCAUCAUGACGGACGCGCUCCACAUGUUGACUGACCUCAGCGGCAUCAUUUUGACCUUGCUCGCUUUAUGGCUGUCUGCAAAAUCGCCCACCAAAAGGUUCACCUUCGGAUUCCAUCGCUUUGAGGUUUUGUCUGCCAUGUUCAGCGUCCUGCUGAUUUAUAUCCUUAUGGUUUUCCUCUUGUACGAAGCUGUUCAAAGGACCAUCCAUAUGGACUAUGAUAUCAACGGGGACAUCAUGCUUAUUACAGCAGCUGUUGGUGUGGCAGUAAAUCUCAUAAUGGGCUUUUUGCUGAACCAGUCGGGUCACCUCCACUCCCAUUCACACGCCCCUUCGGCUGUCCCCCUGUCCAACUCUUCGAGCACAGCUUCCGGGCAUGGCCACGGCCACGGCAGCCUGGCGGUGAGAGCGGCGUUCGUGCACGCUCUGGGAGACUUGGUGCAGAGCAUCGGCGUGCUUGUGGCAGCGUACAUCAUUCGUUUCAAGCCAGAAUACAAGAUCGCUGAUCCUAUAUGCACAUACGUGUUCUCGAUACUUGUGGCAUUCACAACGCUGCGGAUCAUGCGGGACACGGGAAUAAUCAUACUUGAAGGAGUUCCGAGGCAUUUGAAUGUGGAUCACAUUAAAGAGGAGUUAAUGAAGAUCGAAGAUGUGCACUCGGUGGAAUAUCUGAAUGUUUGGUCUCUGACAGCCGGAAAGACUGUUGCCAUUGUCCACUUACAACUAGUUCCCAGCGGUUCAUCCAAGUGGGAGGACAUCCAGUCCAAGGCUAGACAGUUGCUGCUGAACACUUUUGGAGUAUAUCAAUGUUCUGUCCAGCUUCAGAGUUACAGGCAUGAGGAGAACAAACCCUGCGUUAAUUGUCAGAAUUCCAGUGCCUAA